ACAAAUAAUAUAUAAAUCACAUUUACGCAGCAAAAGAGACCUUCAUGGUUAUGGAGUAGAAGAAACAUCUCACUAAUCCAAAAUCUCAACCGUCCAAAAAGUUCAUCAUUUUCUUUUCUUCUACUCCACAGCUUCGUAUAUAUUAUUCCAACAAGAAUUCAAUCGAAAACCGUUUUCAGGAUAAAGGUAAAGAAAAACCAAGAAAACCGUCUGACGCUCUAAUGGCGUCGUCGGCGAGCGUUCGCUGCGGAGGCAAUUGCAAUCUCCUGGAUCGCCGACUCGGCAAUGUCCAGAAUCCGUCGAAUCAGAGCGCUCGAUCAUGUUCUUUGAUGAUCCGAAAUAACGGCGCCUAUUCAUCCGGAUGUAGAAGAGGAAGAAUCAUCUCGGCGACGAUGACGAUGGAGAGGAAGAGGAACGCUCCAGCGCCGAUGUUUCCAUUGGAAUCGGGUGAUGUGGAGAGCGGAAGAAGAAGCGGCGGAGGCGCGGAGGCGGUGGCGUACGAGAAGCUUGACGAGUGGAUGAGAGAGUCGGUGGUGGAUAUUGUCAAGAAUCUCCGCGAGGCGCCGCUGAUGGUCCAAUUGUACGGAAAGAAGGACGAGAGAGGCCAAAACGACGGCUUAUCUGGGAGGAUGGUGAUGCAGAAGGCGGUGGCGGAGGAGCACUGGGAUGUGGCGAUGGGGAAGUGGGAGGCAGGCGACUCCCCGAUGCCGGAGGGGCUUAUAUUCGUGGAGAAGCUCGCGGAACAACAGCAGGAGGAGGAAAACGACAUCGGAGAAGCCGAAGCGGACGGCGUCACGAGAGCGUGGGGGGUGGUGAUACAGGGCAAGGGCGCGGAGUGCCCGCCGGCGUGUUAUUUGCUAAAAACCAGCACCGCCAUGGCUGGGUCGGGUUUCGGUGUCGGGUUGGGAUGUACUCAUUUUUGUUUGGUCCGGGUUAAUGGGUUCUGGGAGACGGCCGAGUCUCAGCUCAAGAAUUGUUGGUUGCUGCAGGCCCAGGCCCGUAAUAAGGCCCAGGGCCAGUGAUUGAAUUGUAGAUUGAUAUUUUCCUUUAUUCAUCAUUACUCAAUCCAUUAAUGUUGGAUUCGUUUCGAUGAUCUUGCCUUAAGGAUGUACAUAGGAUUAUCAAACCCUUGUAUAAAAAAUUUGAUUGCUGGUGAUAAA